GUGAGAGAGAGAGAGGGAGAGAGAAAUGGAAAAAGGAAGAGAUUACCGAAAUGGCAAAAUCUGAGAUUCCGAUGGAGGGAGAGAGAAAGAGAGAGAGAGAGAGUAUAAAUAUCUGUUGAUUUCGUCUUCGUCUUCCAUGUUUUUCGCAUUGAGAAAUUUGGAUUGGGAUUGUUGAAAUUCAUCGUUUUCUUCUUCUUCUUCGCCACCUGAUUAAAAAAAAAAAAAAAAAAAAGAGAAAAAAAAAUUCUCAAAUACUUUCAACUCAUUUUCUCCCCCGUGCCGUACCCCACAAGAAUUGAAAAUUCCCAAAACCGCCCGCCAAAAUCCCGCCUUUUGCAUCCCGCAAUCAAAAAAUUCUAUUUCCAGUUCGCCUUUGCAGGCGGUUGCGCGUGCUCCAGAAGUUUCCUAAAACCGGAGCGUUUUUUGUUUUCUGUUUUCUAUUUUUUUAAAUUGCAAAAGGUGGUGGGAAUUAUCUGGGCCGUCCACGUGGGAAUUGAAGAAUUUUCCGUCCACGAUGGUGGUGGGGCCGAAGAUGAGGUGGGGCACCUGGGAGGAGCUUAUCCUCGGCGGUGCCGUUCUCCGGCACGGUACGGACGACUGGAACGUCGUCGCUUCGGAGCUCCGGGCCCGGACGGUCUACCCGAACAACUUCACCCCCGAGGCUUGCAAGGCCAGGUAUGAGGAUUUGCGAAAGCAGUACUCUGGCUGCAAGUUUUGGUUUGAAGAGCUAAGAAAGCGGCGAAUUGAAGAACUGAAACAGGAAUUGGAGAGAUCUGAAGGUUCGAUUGGAUCGCUCAAGUCAAAGAUAGAAAUUCUAAAGGCCAAGAGAGAACGUUCAGGCCAAGCUGAAUCGCCUGUUCCUUUGGUAAAAUCCGAGGCCGUUGAGUUAUUCCAAAAGGAGGGAUCCAAGGACGGCCUAUCCGCGGGCAGCUUCACCCAAAAUAUCAGAACAGAUGAGUCGCAUGAAUGUCAAAUUCCCGCUUUGACAUCGGCCACAGAGACCGAGUCGAAGAUGGAAGGAUCCGAGAGUUGUGAGCGGGAGAAAGUGCCGAGCAUAAGCAAACUGGCGUGUAAUAAACACGGAGGGACCGUGAAGAAGAGAAGAGGUAACAGAAAGAGGAAGGACCGAGUUUGGGAUUCCAAAGAAGGGAGCAUUGGCGAGAGCGAAAACGUGUGUUCAACGAGUGCUGCCUCGAUUUCUCCCAGCAAGGAAGCGUCAGUCGGCUAUGACCAGACUAGAAGACCUUCCAGCGUCGAUAAUCAUAAAGGAAGCUUGUGUAGUGUGAAGAACAACGGCUUGAUGGAUGUCUUCAACAACAUUGCACAGAGAGAACCCGCGUUGGUCUUUAGGCAUCGCCUCGAUAGUCAGAAGCGAGCGAGGUACAAGAAAAUAAUCAGACGCCACAUGGACAUGGAAACAAUAAGAUCAAAACUAGCAACCCUUUCGAUCAAAUCAUCCGUAGAACUCUUCAGGGACCUGCUUUUACUGGCAAACAAUGCCCUCGUAUUCUACUCAAAGAGAACUCGGGAAUACAAAGCAGCUCUGGCCCUGAGAGAUCUCGUCACCAAAGCAUACCGCCAGCAUCAGUACAGAGGGCCCUACACCAAAACCGCCUUCGUUCUCCUCCCUCUGCCAACCAUAUGCUGUCCUCCCGUGAAGCCACGAAGCGCCAGGCCCCGCCCAACCAAGCAAAGAAUUCCAGCCAUGUUGCAGAACAACAACAACAACAAGAAUGCUGUUCCUAGGUCACUUGAAGGGCUCAAAAGACCGAGUGACCCUGAUUCAAGCCCUCCUUUGCAAUCACUCGUGACAGCAAAGAAAGGCUUCAAGCAACCCGGGAAGGCGGGGAAGCGCGCAUCGGGGAAUCAAGUUUUUCGCCAUCGAGCUUCGGAGAAGGAAGAUUCAUUGCAUAAAACUAUGCCAAAGGGAGAGAUGGGAUCUAAGCCGCUUGUACUGAAGGAAAGGAAAAUGACCCGGCAAAGACUGAAUUAAGGUGAACACCAAAUUUUCUGGCCAACUGAAUAUUCCUUUUUUCCGGCCAGUAUAAUUGUUUAGCUUAGAACUGUGAAACAAUGUACAUUUUCCCCCCUUUUUAGUUCAUAAUGGAAUUUUUUUUUAGAAUGUCA